CGCAUCAGACAUUAAAGACACGCUGACAAUUCAAGAGAAAGUGCCAUUCGGGCGGUUGAUUUUUCUGAAGACAUUUUUUUGUGAGGUGUGAAGUCGUCAUUGUGGCGAUAAUUCAGUGUUCCUUGUAAUAUGGAAACUAUUCAUCCUCCUGCUAUUAUUUCAUUAAUACGUAUAUCUAUUUGAUGAUACACAUAUAGCCUAUGUGUAUAUUGUGCUUUUAGGGGUUUAAAUGAAAUAGUGUUCUGUUAUUUAUUUGCCGCUUUUUGGUGUAUUUUCGGAGAACCGACUUGAGUUUCUACUAUAUUCUAUAUCGUAUACAGCGGCGAACGAGAGAGGAAGAAAUAUCGAACAACUUGAAGGAUACUAAUACAUACUCUACAUUUAUAUUUUUCUUCUCUUAUUGAUCAAAUCUUAUUUCUUGAUAGCUAAAACAACUUAGCUAUUACCUUUUUUUGUGUGUGUUUGUGUUGGAAAACAGUUGGAUAUUAAACCAAAAAAGUCAUCAUGCUUCGUUGGAUGACAGGCGAGGACAAACACAGAAAGGAACCGGAGGCUUACGAUUCGGUGGUGGAAGGUUUGAAACAACUUUAUAAGACGAAGUUGUUGCCACUAGAAGAAUACUACCGGUUCCACGACUUUCACUCGCCAAUGCUCGAUGAUUCCGACUUCGAUGCUCGACCGAUGAUUUUAUUAAUCGGUCAGUAUUCCACUGGCAAAACAACUUUCAUCCGUUACCUCUUGGAGCAAGAUUUCCCCGGAAUCCGUAUCGGUCCCGAACCAACUACCGACAGGUUCAUUGCUGUCAUGGUCAACGAAAAUGAAGGCAUUAUACCAGGCAAUGCUUUGGUCGUUGACACCAAGAAGCAGUUCCGACCUUUGUCAAAAUUCGGUAACGCUUUUCUAAAUAGAUUCCAGUGUUCUAUGUUGAAAAACCCUGUUUUGGAAAGUAUAAGUAUCAUAGACACGCCGGGUAUUCUAUCUGAUAUCUUUUUUCAUUCUUUGGGUACCAGUGAGAACCGGUACUUAAAUGGAGGAGGUGAGAAACAACGCAUCGAUCGUGGUUAUGACUUUGCUGGAGUUCUGGAAUGGUUUGCCGAAAGAGUUGAUCGUAUUAUACUGCUGUUUGAUGCUCACAAGUUAGAUAUAUCUGACGAAUUCCGGCGUGCAAUAGAAGCCAUCAAAGGUUAUGAUGACAAAAUACGUAUUGUACUCAACAAAGCCGAUAUGGUUGACCACCAGCAGCUGAUGCGGGUAUACGGUGCCCUUAUGUGGUCUUUGGGGAAGGUCCUGAACACUCCUGAGGUUGCACGGGUUUUCAUUGGCUCAUUUUGGGACCAACCUCUUCAAUUUGAUAUGAAUAGAAAACUUUUUGAAUUAGAAGAAAAGGAUUUGUUUCGGGAUCUACAAAGCCUUCCUCGCAAUGCAGCGCUGAGGAAGUUGAAUGACUUGAUUAAAAGAGCUAGACUUGCUAAGGUCCAUGCUUAUAUAAUCAGCCAGCUUAAGAAGGAAAUGCCAGCUAUGUUCGGGAAAGAUUCUAAAAAGAAAGAACUUAUCAACCGACUAUCAACAAUUUAUGAGCACAUUCAGAGAGAGCACCAGAUUUCUCCUGGAGACUUCCCAAACCUCAAGAGAAUGCAAGACCAACUACAACAUCAUGAUUUCAACAAAUUUCAUCCUUUGAAACCAAAGCUUUUGGAAACUGUUGACAAUAUGUUAGCAGAAGACAUAGCUAAACUGAUGCGAAUCAUUCCUCUGGAAGACACCCUCGCUAAAUUGAAUAACUCAGAAGGCAAUACUGUCAAAGGGGGAGCAUUUGAAGGUUACAGUGAAAGUCCAUUUGGUUUUGGUUGUGGCGAAGGAGUUGAUGAGGGUCGUGGGGAGUUAGAAUGGGUUGUUAGUAAUGAGCGUUGCGACUAUGACAAAGUAUUUGACACUCUAAGUCCUAUUGAUGGCAAAAUCACUGGUAGCAACGCCAAGAAAGAAAUGGUGAAAUCCAAGUUACCAAACUCUGUCUUGGGUAAAGUUUGGAAACUGGCUGAUGUUGAUAAAGAUGGUAUGCUUGAUGCUGAUGAAUGGGCCUUGGCUAAUCAUUUAAUGAAAAUUAAACUUCAGGGUCAUGACCUUCCUGCAGACUUGCCUGAGCAUUUGAUUCCACCAUCAAAACGAUAGUUAAUUUAUAUGCUCUAACACUGGGGCAAUUAUUCCUUAUUUCUCCCCCCCACAUCCCCAGUCUCUCUCUCUGGGUUCUUUAAUGAGGAGGAGCCGUAGGUCCAGGGAAAGUGUAGGUGGAGUGUUUGUUGACAAUGUCAUUCUGAACUGUUGUUAAAGUGUCUUAAUAAAGAAUCGUUGGAGAAAGAGAGACCAAUAAGAAAACAAAUAUUUUUGUUGGCUCAGGACUGUAAGAGAGAAAGCAAAGUACCAAGUAUUAAAAAGAAAGAAAAUAUAAAUAAUGAACAAAAAGUGGGAGCAAAAGUUGUUAACCCAUUUUGGGUGGAUUUAUUAUAACAAAUUUAAGUAUAUCGUUUGUGAAGGGAUGAGAAAAAAUUAAAAAUUGUAUAUUGAAAUUCAUUUUUAUCACUGUUUUUAUGUGUCCAUAUAUCUUCAUCAAGUAUGAAUAUGUUGUGGGGAGAGAUACAUGUGGCUGUUUUUUUUUCUUCUCUCUUAUCAAAGAAAUCAGUAUUAUUUCUAAAUUACAGCUAGUCUUUCUGUGAUGUAACACUAACAGAAUACUUAUUGGUUGAUCUCUUCUAGAAUAGUAUUUGGUAUAUCAUCAAUUGUUUAUGGUUUGGUUGCUCACUGAAUCAGGAAUAUAUUGAAGAAUUUGUUUAAAAUUGAAGUUAUAAAAAUAUUUUCAAAAGUA